AUGAGUUAUAUGAGUGAUUCAAAUGAUAUAAACUUAAUAAACUCCCUUUUGAUAAGAAGAGUUGUAUAUAGUUAAGUUAAAUAAUUAUCUUUGAAAAAAAGUGAUACUGCCUUAAAAAAGCAAACACAAUAGAAAUAUGUCUGAAAAACCAACUGUUUUAUUAUUGGGAGGCUGCGGCUUCAUCGGGCGCAACUUGUUGACAUAUUUGGUGGACAAUAACUUGUCCGCCGAAAUACGUGUGGUUGAUAAAACGCCUCCACAAAUGGCAUGGCUGAAUGCAAAGCAAUCAAAGGCUUUCGAGAAUGAAAAAGUGGACUUUUGCAGUGCUAACUUGAUAAAUGCAAAUUCUUGUAAAAAUGCAUUUGUACCACAUCCAACAACUGGUCGUUCCUGGGACAUAGUUAUAAACUGUGCUGCUGAAACUCGACCAAAUCAAACUGAUGCCGUCUAUAAAGAGGGCAUUCUAAAGUUAAGUAUGAAUUGUAUAAAUGAAUCUGUGAACGUUCAGGCGAAGCGUUACAUUGAGUUAAGUUCAGGUUGUAUAAAUAGUUCAGAAAAGACUCCACUGAGAGAGGACUGCAAAACGGAUCCCUGGACAGCAGUAGCAAAACAAAAAUUAAAGGUCGAAAAAGAGCUACAAUCAAUGGAAAACUUUAGUUAUACCAUUGUUCGUCUACCAAUUGUAUACGGAAUCGGUGAUAAACGGUACCUAAUGCCUCGAAUUAUUAUUGCUGCCAUUUACAAGCAUUUAAAUGAAGUUAUGAAAUUACUGUGGAAUGAUGCAAUGCGACUGGCUACAGUUCAUGUUGAUGAUGUAUGUGCUGCUAUUUGGCAAUUGGCUUUAAGUGAGAAGGCUAAUCGUGAGAUUUACAAUAUCGUAGACGACGCGGAAUCCACCCAAGGUUCCAUAAGUGAUAUUUUAGGAGAUAUAUUUUCCAUAAAUAUUGACUAUUUCGGCAUAGUGAUGUCAAACCUUACUAAGCUCAGCCUCUCCGAUACUGUGAGCGAAAUUAACGACAAGCACAUGGAACCUUGGGCCGAAAUUUGCCAACAAAAUGGUCUGUCAAAUACACCAUUGACGCCUUACUUGGACGAAGAACAACUCUAUCAUAAACAUCUAAAUUUGGACAAUUCUAAAUUAAAAGAAUUUGGUUAUCAACUUAAACAUCCCAAAGUUACCAAUGAACUUGUCAAGGCAAUAAUCGACGACUAUGUAGAGCAGAAGUUAUUCCCUAAGUCAUUGGUGUUUUAAUUCUCUACAAACAUAUGUUCUCAGAUCGAAUGUGCUGUGCUAGAAUCAGUAGACAGACUGCACUCAUUAUAUGGUUUUCCAUUCACAUUUAAUAUCGGGCAAUACCCAGAAGAAUUAUAAAAAAUGUGCAUUUGUUGUUGGGCCUUUCAAACAGACAUAAUAACUGGCAUUCCUUUAUACCAAUAUUUUAGACCUAUUUGUUUAAAUAUCUAAAACACUUUUAAGCCAUGACUCCAAUUUCAAUCAAUACCAUGUUUGUGGUCUCCUACGGUUUGCCCGACAUCAUACAAUAUAUUAUAUAAAAUUAAGUAUGUAUUAAAAAAGACAUGAAAAAAAAUCACAGUGUAUGACGAGUAUGACUAUUCGUCCUCCCUUUCCUCUCCUCUAAGUGUACUUAUAGUAUUACGGUAGUCAUUUUUGAUAGUAUUUUUGUCUAGGACUGGAAGUGAAAACUUUUCAUAAUUGAUAUUAUUCUGGUGUUAACAGAAGACUUGUGGUUCUUAAAAAACUAAUAUUAUUAUUUCAUUUCUUAAAAAUAGAUAUUCAUACAUGUGUAAGAAAAACAUUUCUGCGGAUUUUAUUUAUACGAAUAAAAAUUGUCAUAUUUUUGUGCCAAAAUUA